AUGCUCGGCCGCCAGGCUCCUUGCCGCCCCCUCCCCCUGGGCCCCCUGGGCCUCCUCCUCCUCCUCCUGGCCUCCCCGGCCACCCCCGGGCCCAAGGAGAGUGACUUCUACAACUUCAAGGUGGUCAAUAUCAGGGGCAAGUGGGUGUCCCUGGAGAAGUACCGCGGCUCGGUGUCACUGGUUGUCAACGUGGCCAGUGAGUGUGGCUACACCGACCAGCACUAUCGAGCCUUGCAGCAGCUGCAGCGGGACCUGGGGCCUCACCAUUUCAAUGUGUUGGCCUUUCCUUGCAACCAGUUUGGCCAACAGGAGCCAGACACCAACAAGGAGAUUGAGAACUUUGCCAGGAAAACCUAUGGUGUGUCCUUCCCAAUGUUCAGCAAGAUCGCUGUCCGUGGUGCUGGGGCCAAUGCUGCCUUCAAGUAUCUAACUGAAUCCUCCGGGGAAGAGCCAACUUGGAAUUUCUGGAAGUACCUAGUAGCCCCAAAUGGAAAAGUGGUGGGAGCCUGGGACUCAACUGUGUCGGUGGAAGAGAUUCGGCCCAAGAUCCAUGAGCUUGUGGGGAAACUCAUCGUGGGGAAGAAGGAUGAAUUAUAAUCAUUUCUGACUUUCCCUUUGACCUCACAAUGCCAGAUGUGAAUGCCAAUUUUUCAACAGGUGCCUUGCAGGGAGAGAUUCCUCCUUCCUUCCUUCCUGCCUUGCUACUCAAACCCAGAGAGAAUACUUGAGUUUUCAGUGAUGCAUUUUCUAGGGGGCAGUUGGGUAGCUCAGUGGAUUGAGAGUCAGGCCUAGAGACGAGGUCCUAGAUUCAAAUCCAGCCUC